CAGUGUCAGUUCAAUGUAUUGUAAAUAAAUACAUUUUAGUUUAUUUAAGUAGCUACAACAAAUGUUGACAAUAAAAUGACAUUAGCAGAGUUUUUUGGUUGCACAUGCCUAGCCUUCGGGCCACCAUUUACAAUGUUUGUGUUUACAAUUGCACAUGAUCCUAUACGAAUUAUUAUCCUGGUUGCUGCAGCAUUUUUCUGGUUAGUCUCGCUACUUUUAUCAUCGAUUGUUUGGGUUGCAUUAAUUCCUAUUAAAACGUAUCUCCAGUUUGCGAUAUUCUAUACAGUAUUAUUUCAAGAAAUCUUCAGAUUCGCUAUUUAUAAAAUACUUCGAAGAGCAGAGUAUGGUUUAAAGAAAAUUACAGAAAACAGUACCACUUUAACUGAAAAUAAACACAUAUUGGCUUACGUGAGUGGCUUAGGAUUUGGAAUUAUGAGUGGAGCUUUUUCUCUAAUAAAUAUAUUAGCUGAUGCAGUCGGACCAGGAACUAUGGGAUUGAAGGCAGGAAAGGAAACCUUUUUCUUAACGAGUUCAGCAAUUGGUUUAUGUUUUAUUCUAUUAAAUACUUUUUGGAGUGUCAUAUUUUUUAAUGCGUGCGAUAAUAGAAACUAUAUAAAUUUGGGUUAUGUUAUUCUGUCACAUUUAUUAGCUUCAUAUUUAACAUUAUUGAAUAGUCAAUACAAUUAUUGGGAAUGUAUUACUACUUUGUACAUAUUAAUGAUUUUCACUGGUUGUUUUGCUCUAAAAAUUGCGGGGGGAACAAUCCGUUCAUUAACAAAUGGGUUGAAAUUCAAAGCAACAAUUUAAAUUAUUAAUUUACUAUAUAGAAUUACUGUCCAAUGGACAAAUUUUAACAUCAAUAGUCAGAUAUUUAUUGUACUGUAUCAAAUUUCUAGAAUAUUGUAAUAACAGAUUUAUAAUGCAUACAUUAAACAAGACUUUUUAGAUUUGGAAGUGCUUAUUGCUACUAAAAUGUUUUUUUAAACUAUAUUUUGGUACUUUUCCAUUUAUAUAAUAUUUAUUGUUAUUUAAAAUCUUGUAAUAAUGUAAAAAACGAAAAUAUAUAUUUCUCUUAGCCAAAAUAAUGUUUGCUUAAUCUUAUUUUAAUAUACUUCCUAAGAAAGGAGGCAGUAUCUCUACAAAUGUUACUUGUGAGAUAAUGCAGAUUUUAGUAAACACCAUAAAAAUAUUUAUCAUUUCUGGAUCUUUUUGUCUGUGUUGUAUUUCUUAUGCUUAUCAUUGAAUUAGUUCACAUUAUUAUAAAAUAUUUCAUUAAAUUUUGAUUAAAAUGGCGGUUACUGCUUUUAAACAAGGUAUACGAGGUCUGGCUAUUAAAUAACGAGACUGGUUACGAAAAAGGGUUUUAUUAUAAAAAUUAUUGUGCAUUUGAAUUCUACCCUUCAUUAUACUUCCUCCCCUUUACCACACACCUUUUUUUUGUCCCUUUUGGUCACUGUUUCCAGAGUUAACAGUCACAGGGCGACUUGGGUGCUAAUAAUCUUCAGUGCUCUCUCGGUUCUCAUUAAACUGCUUACACCACUCAAAAAAAUGCGGAUUGUCCCCAUAGGCUUCUUGCAACAAUUUAUAGCACUCAGUUCGAGUUUUUUUAAAUUUAACGAUAUUGAGAUUGAUACGUUGCACAUAGUUUUCGACACUACUGCACAAAUGCUAUAAUAGUGACGGAAACGUGUUUUGGGACGUGCAUAGACAAGAUAUCUAGAUACCCAACGCACGUUUUUUACUCCACCCGUCUAGGGCGCCCACCGAAAUAAUGAAAGCAAAAUAGGGUUAAAUCGAUGAAUCAUAAAUUUAUUCUAUUAUUAUUAUUAUAUUAUUAUCCAUAUGUUGUUUAAAAUAUAAAAAUCAAAUCUAUAGUUUUGUUUUUACUACAUACUCACAUAACUAACAUGAUUCGAUAAAAUAAUUGGACUCAUAUUUUGUAAUAUCACCUGCGUUAAUUAACUUUUUAUAUAAAAUUUGUCGAGUGAUCCUGGUAUACCAUAGAUUCUGUAUGUAAGGAAAUGGAAAUUUGCUGUGUUUACAUUAUUUUAAUGAAGUUUAUGAGUAGCAUAGUCUUGUUAAAGUUCAAAAUUUCUAGCAUCGUGGUAAACAAACAUUCCUCAAUUAAAUUUGUGGUCCCUGGAUCUAUUCGAGCAAGUUGUAACCUCAUUUUUCGUUUCCUCUUUGCUGUAGGUAUGAGAAUAAAUAGUUUUUCAGGUGUUUUCAAAGAAGUUUUAAUACACCGAGACACUACGUUUCACUUAUAAGUUAAAAAAGAUAUUUCAUAACACAAAACACUAAAUAAUGUCGUAAAUGUUUACAAGCUUACUAUAUAUUGACGACAGUAC